UCAGUUAAUAUUGAACAUUUGCCCGGAGUUGUUGCUUUGGUGCUGGCGGAAAAAAUUUAAAAAACGUUGUGACUGAAACAACAACAAAACCAAUAAUCAUAAUAACAAUAGUAAAAGCAAUAAGAAAUAAACAAAAACGUUCGUUACCAUUCUUGACACCGUCGGCAGUAUCUUACGGAUCCGUGACUAGUUCAACGGCAGUCGUCUUUUGCAUAAAUAAUCUCGACCAGACGUCGGAUCGGGCGUUAAAGUGAAGGCUUCAUCAAGGGCUAUAUUGAGUACCGCGCGAGUUAAACGGCGAAGACGUGCAGUGUAGGCAUCAACUCGCAUUUUAAUACAUAAAUAACCAAACAAAAGGAAAGAAAAAAUAUUACGUCUAACUCGCAAAGCUUCAAACCAUCAUUUAUCAAACAUAUGAGUAAUACUAAACAUUUAAGAAACUAAAUACUUAAAUAAUAAUUUUGUGUGAUUUGUGAAAAAAUCAAAUAAAAAAUCGACGUGUACAAAAUGCGCGCUUGGGUUAAAUAUGCAUAAACCUUGGCUAAAUCGUAGAUCUUUAUACGCUGAGCGCGAUCGUGAUGAUCCAGCGAUGCACCAUCAUCACAACGGUUUGCACUCUGCAUCAGCUAUAAAGCAUAAGCAACCAACCUCGUUGAUGUCGUCGCCGUCGUCGUCAAUGUCGUUGUCGUCGUCGUCGUCGCCAUCCUCAUCAACGAACAUUUUACAUAAUUCAAGUAUUGGUUCCAUUAAUUUAGAGGAUUAUAUAACCGCAAUGGAGGCACGUACCAAAGCAUUAGACCGUCAACAAUCCGAAGUUGAUGUAUGGGCACAACUACAACAAAAAGAAUCGGAUAUAUUACUAGCCGCCGAGUUGGGCAAAGCGCUAUUGGAGAAGAACGAAGAAUUGGUGAAACAGCAUGAGAAACUCAUCGAGGACUAUUCCAUGAAAAUCGAGCCUUUCGGUGGCGCUACACCUGUCUUUCGCACGCUCAUGGGUGGAUACUGA